AUGAGUCGUCACAGCACCAGCAGUGUGACUGAAACCUCAGCGAAGAACGUGCUCUGGGGCAGUGAACUCAAUCAGGAAAAGCAGACUUGCACCUUCAGAGCCCAAGGCGAGAGGAAGGACAGCUGUAAACUCUUGCUCAACACGAUCUGCCUGGGGGAGAAAGCCAAAGAGGAGGUGAAUCGUGUGGAAAUCCUCUCCCAGGAAGACAGAAGACCGCCCAUCACUAUUGCCACGCUAAAGGCCUCUAUCCUGCCUAUGGUCUCAGUGACGGGUAUAGAGAUUUCUCCUCCAGUAACUUUUCGGCUCAGGGCUGGCUCUGGACCCGUGUUCCUCAGUGGGCUGGAAUGUUAUGAGACUUCAGAUCUGGCCUGGGAAGAUGAUGAGGAAGAAGAGGAGGAGGAGGAAGAAGAGGACGAAGAGGAGGAUGCAGAUGUAUCAAUAGAGGAGAUACCUGUCAAACAAACCAAAAGGGUGGCUCCCCAGAAGCAGAUGAGCAUAGCUAAGAGAAAGAAGGUGGAAAAAGAAGAGGAGGAGGCGGUCGUGAGGCCCAGCCCUCAGGACAAGAGCCCCUGGAAGAAGGGGAAAUCUACACCCAAACCUAGGAAGCCGCCGUCCAAGAAAUGA